AUGGAAAAUAGGAGUCAUGCAACUGUAUUUAUUCUCUUGGGACUUUCUGAAAACAAGAGCAUUGAAAUCCUCUGCUUUGUAUUAUUUCUAUUUUGCUACAUUGUUAUUUGGAUGGGAAAUGUGCUCAUAAUGGUGUCCAUCACACACACUCAGCUCACUGAACAACCCAUGUAUUUCUUCCUCAAUUACCUCUCUCUUUCUGAUCUUUGCUACACAUCCACAGUAAUACCCAAACUUCUGACUGAUUUACUGGCAGAGAGGAAGAUAAUUUCCUAUAAUAACUGCAUGGCACAGCUCUUCAUCCUGCACUUCCUUGGAGCCAUUGAGAUCUUCAUUCUCACAGCAAUGGCCUACAACCGCUUUGUGGCCAUCUGCAGACCUCUGCACUAUACCGUCAUCAUGAGCAAGCAGAGGUGUAAGGCAAUCAUUGUAGCUUGCUGCACUGGAGGAUUUAUACACUCGGCCAGCCAGCCUCUGCUUGUUAACUUCUUAGCAUUCUGUGGUCCCAAUGAGAUAGAUCACUACUUCUGUGAUGUGUACCCUUUACUGAAAUUGGCAUGUACUGAGACUUACAUGAUUGGCAUCUUCAUCAUUGUUGAUUCAGGUCUAAUUGCUUUGGUGACAUUUGUAAUUUUGAUGGUGUCCUAUUUUCUGAUAUUAUACACUCUUAGGGUUUACCCUUCAGAGAGCCGUUCCAAAGCUCUUUCUACAUGUGGUUCCCACAUAACCAUUGUGGUCUUGUUUUUUGUGCCUGUUCUGUUCAUUUACAUUAGACCAAACCUAACAUUCCCAGAAGACAAAGUGUUUGCACUUUUCUACACCAUCAUUGCUCCCAUGUUCAACCCCCUGAUCUACACACUGAGAAAUAUGGAGAUGAAAAAUGCCAUAAAGAAAAUGUGGCAUCAUCAAAUAUGUUUGGAAAAGAAACAAGUUCUGUGA